GAUAUAGGAAUACCUGAAUAGAAAUAUUCUUACAGCCAUGUCCACAUUAUCUAUUUCUACAGUCUUUGCUCUUCUUGCAUUGUCUCAUAUAAACGCUAUUUUUGCCGUCACUAUCUGGGAUCGAGCCAAUCUUGUAUGUAAAAAUAUGGAUGGAAAACAAAUAAUAGACAAGGAUUCAUACCGCAGCCUAUACGUGGAUUCUGCAUGUUCCUCUGGAGAAAUAGAAUGGCGCAUGACCAGAACAAUAGUAACCUUGCACUUUCGAAAACCUUCGGCUUUUACUGUGUGUUUCAGCAGCAAAGCACCCGUGGGUUACGAAAAAUUUAGUGUCUACGAUAUCCAAUUUAAUAACUUGUUCGUUGGAAGUCCAAAUAUUGAAACGGAAGUGUGUUUAAACUCCAUUGGAAACGUUUUGGACGUGAAUUUGCUAUCCCUGAGAAAAUACUUCAUCACGAAAGCCUACUUCAAAGUGAGCUGUACCUCUUGAUGAAAUAGAAACAUAAGAACUCAUAAUUAUAUCCGUCCAAAAGCCGUCCAUGCCAAUGACCAUAAAUGUUUACCUUGCACGUUCCGCGCUAUUAACAUUUUAUAAAGGCUUGGAAAAAAACUUGUGUACGACGACCAAGAUUAAUGGUGCUCAUUCUGACCAUACUUUCUUCAGAUUGGUUCACUAUGCGAAUGAUCCCUCCAUCGCAAACAGUCAGUCUGUGUACUACAAAAUAGCUUAAUGUAAAAGUGACAGAGAAUUUUGUUAACAAACACCAAACUGGUCUCUACAAUCAGUAGUUAACAAAUGAUCUCAA